AUGCCGGUGUUUCACACGAAGACGAUAGAAAGUAUCCUGGAGCCAGUGGCUCAGCAGAUAUCCCAUCUGGUGAUAAUGCACGAAGAAGGUGAAGUUGACGGGAAAGGUAUCCCGGAUCUGUCGGCGCCGGUCGCCGCCGUGCAGGCGGCGGUCAGCAACCUGGUCCGGGUGGGAAAGGAGACCGUGCAAACCACCGAGGACCAGAUCAUGAAAAGGGACAUGCCACCGGCUUUCAUCAAAGUGGAGAAUGCGUGCACGAAGCUGGUGCAGGCUGCCUCCAUGCUCAAAGCCGACCCAUACUCCGUUCCUGCUCGGGAUUAUCUCAUCGAUGGCUCUCGGGGCAUCCUUUCUGGAACCUCUGACCUGCUGCUGACCUUUGAUGAGGCUGAGGUCCGCAAAAUAAUCCGCGUGUGCAAAGGCAUCCUGGAGUAUCUGACGGUGGCCGAAGUGGUGGAGACCAUGGAGGACUUGAUCACGUACACAAAGAACCUGGGACCAGGCAUGACAAAGAUGGCCAAAAUGAUCGAUGAACGACAGCAGGAGCUCACACACCAGGAGCAUCGUGUGAUGCUGGUCAACUCCAUGAACACAGUCAAAGAGCUGCUGCCCAUCCUCAUCUCAGGUAUCAAGAUUUUCGUUACAACCAAGACGUCUGGCAGCCAGGGUGUGGAAGAGGCCCUAAAGAACCGUAACUUCACCUUUGAGAAGAUGAGCGCUGAGAUAAAUGAGAUCAUUAGAGUGCUGCAGCUCACAUCCUGGGACGAGGACGCGUGGGCCAACAAGGACACUGAGGCCAUGAAGAGGGCUCUGGGGCUGAUCGAUUCCAAGAUGGCUCAGGCAAAGAACUGGCUGAGGGAUCCAAAUGCCCAGCCAGGCGAUCCGGGCGAGCAGGCCAUCCGGCAGAUCCUCGACGAGGCCGGGAAAGUGGGUGAACUCUGCGCUGGGAAGGAGCGCCGAGACAUCCUGGGCACAUCCAAGACUCUGGGCCAGAUGACCGACCAGGUUUCUGAGAUGAGGGCCAGAGGUCAAGGAGCGUCCCCAGCUGCCAUGCAGAAGGCACAGCAGGUUUCUCAGGGCCUGGAUGUGCUCACAGGCAAGGUGGGAAAUGCUGCUCGUAAACUGGAGGCCAUGACAAACUCCAAACAGGUCAUCGCCAAAAGGAUUGAUGCUGCGCAGAACUGGCUGGCAGACCCCAACGGCGGCCCAGAGGGAGAGGAGAACAUCAAGGCCCUGCUCACCGAGGCCAAAAAGAUCGCAGACAUGUGCGAGGAUCCUAAAGAGAGAGAUGACAUAUUGCGCUCCAUUGGCGAGAUCGCUGCCAUGACGGCCAAGCUGUCCGAUCUCAGAAGACAGGGUAAAGGCGACACGCCUGAGGCCAGAGCUUUGGCCAAACAGAUCGCCACAGCUCUGCAGAACCUGCAGUCCAAGACCAACAAGGCGGUGGCCAACAGCAGGCCUGCGAAGGCAGCCGUCCACCUGGAAGGAAAGAUCGAACAGGCCCAGCGCUGGAUUGACAAUCCCACCGUGGAUGACAGCGGUGUGGGCCAGGCCGCCAUCCGUGGCCUGGUGGCCGAGGGCCGCCGGCUCGCCAACGCUCUGCCAGGCCCGGGCAGGCAGGAGCUGCUGGGGAAGUGCGAGCGGGUGGAGCAGCUCAUGGCCCAGCUGGCCGACCUGGCAGCCCGCGGCGAGGGGGACUCCCCUCAGGCACGCGCUGUGGCUCAGCAGCUCCAGGAGGCCCUGAAAGAGCUGAAGGGAAAGAUGCAAGAAGCGAUGACUCAGGAAGUGUCCGACAUCUUCAGCGACACCACCACCCCCAUCAAGUUACUGGCAGUGGCGGCCACCGCCCCGCUCGACGCCCCCAACCGAGACGAGGUCUUCGAGGAUAGAGCUGCCAACUUCGAGAACCACGCCAAUAAGCUUGGCACCACAGCAGAGAAGGCUGCCGCUGUUGGCACCGCUAACAAGAGCACAGUGGAGGGAAUCCAGGCUGCCGUCAAGUCAACGAGAGACUUAACACCGCAAGUGGUAUCAGCAGCUCGCAUUCUGUUAAGAAACCCUGGAAACCAAGCUGCGUAUGAGCAUUUCGAAACGAUGAAGAAUCAGUGGAUUGAUAAUGUGGAGAAGAUGACGGGUCUGGUAGAUGAGGCCAUAGAUACCAAAUCUCUGCUGGACGCCUCAGAGGAGGCGAUAAAGAAGGACCUGGAUAAGUGUCGGGUGGCUAUGGACAAUUACCAGCCUCAGAUGCUGGUAGCCGGCGCCACCAGCAUCGCCCGCAGAGCCAACCGCAUCCUGCUGGUGGCAAAACGAGAGGUGGAAAAUUCCGAGGACCCUAAAUUCAGAGAGAUGGUGAAGGCGGCGUCGGAUGAGCUGAGCCAGACGAUCUCGCCGAUGGUGAUGGACGCCAAGGCUGUGGCUGGGAACAUCCACGAUCAAAGUCGCCAUAAAGGCUUUCUGGAUUCUGGCUAUAAGAUCCUCAGUGCAGUUGCAAAAGUCAGGGAGGCCUUCCAGCCUCAAGAGCCAGACUUCCCUCCACCUCCUCCUGACCUGGACCAGCUGAAUCUGAACGACGAGGCAGCACCUCCCAAGCCUCCCCUCCCGGAGGGUGAGGUUCCUCCCCCCAGGCCUCCCCCGCCGGAGGAGAAGGAUGAGGAGUUCCCCGAGCAGAAGGCUGGUGACAUGGUCAACGAGCCCAUGAUGGUGGCCGCCCGGCAGCUUCACGACGAAGCCCGCAAAUGGUCCAGCAAAGGAAACGAUAUUAUCGGUGCUGCCAAGCGAAUGGCCCUGCUCAUGGCUGAGAUGUCCCGUCUGGUGCGUGGAGGCAGCGGAAACAAGCGCGCCCUCAUCCAGUGCGCCAAGGACAUCGCCAAGGCCUCUGAUGAAGUGACGCGGCUGGCCAAGGAGGUGGCCAAGCAGUGCACCGACAAACGUAUCCGGACCAACCUGCUCCAGGUGUGCGAGCGCAUUCCCACCAUCAGCACUCAGUUGAAGAUUCUGUCCACCGUCAAAGCCACCAUGUUGGGUCGCACCAACAUCAGCGAGGAAGAGUCGGAGCAGGCCACUGAGAUGUUGGUCCACAACGCUCAGAACCUGAUGCAGUCUGUGAAGGAGACGGUCCGAGAGGCCGAGGCAGCUUCCAUUAAGAUCCGGACAGACGCGGGUUUCACCCUCCACUGGGUCAGAAAGACCCCCUGGUACCAGUAAGAGAGGGGUUCAGACGGGCCCUCCGCCUCAUGCUGGUCCUGUCCGGCCGUCCAGGAGGACAUCCGGUGGACAGAUGCUUUAUCAGUGCCCCUCAUCCUAAUCCGGGCAGCGUCCCUCUAUUAGUCCCGUGUCCUGUCUGUAACAGUUGCUGUUCUGGUAGAAUGUAAACGAUGGGACUAUCAGUGCGGUUUAUGGUCGAGAGUAUGACUGGGAACCAUUUUCUUUUUCUAAAGUGUGUAAAAAAUGUGUUUGAAACCCCAGGAUUAUAUAUAUAUUGCCAUCAGGUAUGACUAUUGAUUACUUUUGGGUUUUCUUCUCGACACGGUUAAGUUUAAGUGAAACUCCCCCCUCCCCCAAGAUUUUUCUAUCUUUAUACUGAUAACUUUAUGAUUCACUUUCAUUAAGAUAAAAAGCACAUGAACUUGAGAAGGUGUUACAAGUACAGUAUAGGCCUAAAACCUGCACACGCAACAUAUAUUCAAUGCUAUUAUGUCUGUUUACACUAUUCUGUAUUAUAAGGAGUGAACGAGAAUCUCUGCUCUUUAUUUGACGCUGUAAUUCAGCCGUAGGAGUCUUCAUGUUUGUCAGAGUUCUGCCAAAGACUUUUAACCAUGAUCCUUAAAGUGUCUCUCCUUCCAGCAAGUUUCAGUUAAAGGGCUAGUUUCUAGUUGUGUAAUUAAAAACCUACUGAAAGUUCUGUCUAAAGCCAGCAAAAGCCUUUCAGUUUGCAUUUCACUCACUAGUUAUGUCGAACAUGUUGCGUUGAGAUUAUACCACCAGGCUCGUUCUACACUGACCUUUACAAGCCCAUCACUAAUUUUUUUCCCCCCGUAAGCGUCUGCUUAUGAGGAGGCUCGUCCUGCCUGCUGUUAUUUCUUCUUGUUAUGACUGUUUUUUUUUCCUGUAACUGUUAGUAAUAUAUGAAUUGCACGCGUCCUAUAAGUAGUCAAGGGAAUGACCAGGGCUGAGAGGUGGAGCACAGUGUGUACGGCUGGUGAGUCGCCUUCAUAGCCCCCCCAUUCGUCUCCACUUGUCUCGAUACACUAAAAAUAAACAGCCGCCGUCGCGUGGCAGCUGCAGAAGUGGCUUUGAAAUAUCUGAAGUCUCUCGUUGUGAAUGUUUCCGGAUGCCAACUGGUGUGCCUUGUGAACUAAAUUUUAUUUGUAAUCGAAAAAAGUCUUCUUUCAGGAUGUUUUGUAUCAUUUCAAUAAGACGUUUGCGCUGUUGGACUUCUUGGUGUACAUGGUUCUUCUUUCACGCUACACCCCAGUCAUGCCUUUUCCUUGUAGUCACAUUCUGCUCUGUGCAAACUAUUAAAAAGGAUUUUUUUUUUUUUUAUUAUCUGAAAAUUAUGCAAUUCCGUUGGGCUAAAGAUGGGCCUGAACAUCAUUUUGCUUGGGCAUUGUUCACAAUUUUGUAAUAAAGCAUUUUAUAGCACUUGGA